AUGAACGGCACAGAGGGACCCAACUUUUACGUCCCUUUUUCCAAUAAGACUGGUGUGGUGCGGAGCCCCUUUGAGGAACCUCAGUAUUAUUUGGCUGAUCCAUGGCAGUUCUCCUGCCUGGCGGCUUAUAUGUUCAUGCUGAUUAUCCUGGGCUUCCCCAUCAACUUCCUCACCCUCUAUGUAACCAUUCAGCACAAGAAACUGAGAACGCCCUUGAACUACAUACUGCUGAACUUGGCAGUUGCUGACCUUUUCAUGGUAUUUGGUGGUUUCACCACCACCCUUUAUACCUCCCUGCAUGGCUACUUUGUCUUUGGACCCACUGGCUGCAACCUGGAAGGCUUCUUUGCUACCACAGGAGGUGAAAUAGCUCUGUGGUCCCUGGUGGUUUUGGCCAUUGAGAGAUAUGUUGUGGUCUGCAAGCCAAUGAGCAACUUCAGGUUUGGGGAGAACCAUGCCAUCAUGGGGGUCGCCUUCACUUGGGUCAUGGCUCUGGCUUGUUCUGCUCCACCCCUCCUCGGCUGGUCCAGGUACAUUCCAGAGGGAAUGCAAUGCUCAUGUGGAAUUGACUACUACACCCUCAAGCCUGAAGUCAACAAUGAAUCCUUUGUCAUCUAUAUGUUCGUGGUUCACUUCAGUAUUCCCCUGACCAUCAUUUUCUUCUGCUAUGGACAACUGGUCUUCACAGUCAAAGAGGCUGCAGCCCAGCAGCAAGAAUCUGCUACUACCCAGAAGGCUGAGAAGGAAGUCACCCGGAUGGUCAUCAUCAUGGUCAUCGCCUUCUUGAUUUGUUGGUUGCCCUAUGCUGGUGUGGCUUUUUACAUUUUCACUCAUCAAGGCUCCAACUUUGGCCCAAUCCUCAUGACCCUCCCGGCUUUCUUUGCCAAGUCGUCAUCCGUUUACAACCCUGUCAUCUACAUCAUGAUGAAUAAGCAGUUCCGAAACUGCAUGCUCACCACCCUCUGCUGUGGCAAGAACCCAUUGGGUGAUGAUGAGGCCUCUGCUACAGCCUCCAAGACGGAGACCAGCCAGGUUGCUCCUGCAUAA